AUGGAAGAUUUAGAUAAUAAGUGUACGUCUCUACGCAGUCAGAUUGCCGCCACAGAGGCACAGCUGGCGGGUCUGAAGCGUGAGCUCCAAGAUGCAGAAGAGGCAGCCCUCAAGAGCCGAACCCAGGGCCCCGCGAGCGCUGUGCCCGACCACAGGGACCUUCCAAGAAAAUGGCCGUUACUGGGAGAAGAAUAUAGGCGUUAUGGAAGACAGAUGAUUGUCCCGCAACUCGGACUACAAGGCCAGCUCAAACUUCGAUCUGCGAAAGUAUUGAUUGUCGGAGCGGGUGGAUUGGGGUGUCCGGCUGCGUUGUAUCUCGCUGGAGCUGGAGUCGGUACAAUAGGUCUCAUUGACGGGGAUACUGUUGAGUCUUCGAAUCUGCACCGUCAGGUGUUGCACAAGAGCCAGAAUGUGGGGAAAUUCAAGGUCGAUAGUGCAAUUGAGUAUCUGCGAGAGCUGAAUCCACAUCCUACGUACAUCGCGCACCGAACCCACCUACUACCGCCAGAAGCCCCAGAGAUCUUUCAGAAAUACGACUUGAUUCUCGAUUGUACAGACAACCCGGCAACGCGAUACCUAAUUUCGGAUACGGCAGUGCUUUUGGGAAAGACGUUAGUGUCUGCCUCUGCCUUGCGGACCGAGGGGCAGCUUAUGGUAUUGAACAAUCCUCCUCGGCCGGCAGGAGACAAGACAGGAGGCCCCUGUUAUCGCUGUGUGUUUCCUAGGCCUCCACCGGCAAAUAGCGUCACGAGCUGUGCCGAUGGUGGGAUUCUUGGCCCUGUGGUCGGAACAAUGGGUGUCUUGCAGGCGCUGGAAGCGAUCAAGGUCCUUACCGCCACUGAAGGACCAAAUGCUACCACCCCUCCGUCUCUGCUUAUUUUCUCGGCCUAUUCUAGUCCUCAAUUCCGAACAAUCAAGUUACGCUCUCGACGUCCUGAUUGUGCGGUAUGCUCUGCCGAAGCCGGUGUAACGCUGGAUAGUGUCCAGUCGGGAUCCAUGGACUAUGUCUUCUUCUGCGGAACCGUGGCCCCGGAGGCUCUGCUCUCAGCAGAAGAGCGCAUUUCACCCCUAGACUAUCGCGCGAAGCACCCAUCCUCCGAAAAGGCACCGACAAUCCUCGACGUGAGAGAGAAGGUGCAGUUUGAUAUCUGUAGUUUAGAAAAUAGCAUCAACAUCCCUAUUUCAACUAUUCUCGCUUCAUCGGCCAGUGGAUCGCCAACAACUCCGAAAGACAUUCUUCCCGCCUGGCUGCCUCCUCACAUCGGCUCUCCCGAUUCGAACGAACCGAUAUAUGUUGUUUGUCGGCUUGGAAACGACUCUCAGACUGCGGUCCGAAAACUCAAGGAGUUGGGAAUCGAUCGCGGAGGGCAGAGGGUCGUGGUCGAUAUCAGGGGAGGGUUGCGUUCAUGGCGAGAGCAAAUUGAACCGGAUUGGCCUGAGUAUUAG